CAUAUCUUCCCACACACAGUAACACAAAGCUCCUGCCACAGCAUGUGAUCAUCAAAACUACCAAAACAGAAACUAAUGCUAUCCCUGUAAUUUAUUCAUAACCAUUCAUAGAGCAGGAGAGUCACCUGCUCUGCCGUCACUGAGGACGAGAAGUGUGGUUUAACAGCUUUACCUGUUUACAAGAGAAGAAGCUGCAAUGGCUUCCUCAGGUAACGUGCUACAAGAAAAACAGUUCCAGUGCACCAUCUGUAUGCAAGUGUUCACCGACCCAGUCACCACUCCCUGCGGACACAACUUCUGCCUUGCGUGCAUCCAGAGUGUGUGGGAGAGCAGUGACGUCUGCCAGUGUCCUGCCUGCAAUAAAUCAUUCAGCUCCCGGCCUGAAAUCAGCAUCAACACAGCCUUCAAAGAGCUGGCGGACACAUUUAGAAAUAUCAUAGUCAGUUCGUCAGCUUCCCCACUGUUGGCAGCCAAACCUGGCGAGGUGGUGUGCGAUGUCUGUGCGGCAAUGUCCCAGCAGGUGAAGGCCAAGAAGUCCUGCCUGGGGUGUCUGACGUCGUAUUGUGACGCUCACCUGGAGCCCCACCAGAGGGUCGCCACCCUGAAGGUCCACAAGCUGAUUGAUCCGGUGAAGAACCUGCAGGAGAGGAUGUGCAAGAAGCAUGACAGGCUGCUGGAGAUGUUCUGCAGGGACGAGCAGAAGUGUGUGUGCCAGUUCUGCACUGAGACCGAGCACAAAGGUCACCGGGCCGUCAAGAUAGAGCAAGAGAGUGGGGAGAGGAAGGUCCAAAUGAAGGAAACUGAGGCAGAUUUUAAGCAGAUGAUCCUGGAACGAGGGUGUAAAAUCGAGGAGAUCAAAAACUGCCUGAAGCUCAGCACUAUUAGUGCAGAGAAGGAGCUGAAGGAAAAUGACCGCCUGUGUACGUCUCUGGUUCGCUCUGUCCAGGAGAGACAAGCUGAGGUCAACUCGGAAGUGAGAGAGAAGCAGAAAGCGGCCGAGAGGAGGGCCGAGGAGCUCACCGACGAGCUGCAGCAGGAAAUCGACGAACUGCAGAGGAGACGCGCUGAGCUGGAGACGCUGGGGAGCACAGACGAUCACCUGCACCUCUUACAGAGGUUUUCCGCUCUUACUUCACCUCCGCCCAGUAAAGAGUGGACGGAGAUCGGCGUCUACCCUGAACUCUGUGUGGGGACAACGAGGAAAGCCCUGUCCAAACUGGACGACACCCUGAAGAAGGAACUGGACAGUUUGAAGAGAAACGAGAUGAAGAAGAUGCAGAAAUAUGCAGUGGACGUGGUUUUAGACCCAGACUCCGCCCAUCCGAACAUCGUCUUGUCGCCUGAUGGGAAGCAGGUGGGUCGCGGAGAGCUGCUUCACAUUGUGCCAGACAACCCCCAGCGCUUUGACCCGGUCAUCUGUGUUGUGGGGAAGAGCGGCUUCCUGUCGGGCCGGAUCUACUUCCAGGUCGCAGUGGAGUCAAAGACCUUCUGGGAUGUUGGCAUGGUGAAAGAGUCCGUCAACAGGAAGGGGAUGAUCACUUCCAAGCCGGAAAACGGCUACUGGACGGUGCGGCUGAGGAACGGGAAUGAGUAUCGCGCGCUGGACUCCCCCUCAGUACUCAUUCCCCUCAAGGAGAAGCCGCGGACACUUGGAAUUUUUGCUGACUACGAGGAAGGGACUGUGUCUUUCUUUAACGUGGACACUGGAUCUCACAUCUACACCUUCACUGGGUGUUUGUUUUCCGAGAGGAUCUUCCCCUUCUUCAGCCCGGGGGUUUGCGAUGAUGGGAAGAAUACGGCGCCUCUGAUCAUCACAGCUGUUAAUCAUUAGACUUACUGACUCCAAGUGUGUUGCUCUGGUUGUUUUCACACAGACAUAUUUUUCAUCUUUAUCCGGAAAUCUACUGUACACACAUCAGCAGAUUCAAAAAGUCUACAAUCCCACACAAAUACAGUGUUCCGAUACCAUUUUACCUUUUACGUUAGCUUGAAUUGAGAUUGAGACGAUACAGUGAAAAUUAUUUAUUUGAACCUUUUAUUCGUAAUUUUUAGCAGCUCUAAACUUCGACAAUGUGAUCAAGUUAUUCAAGUAAAUGGUUAAACGUUGUCACACUAGAAUAACAAGUCAGUAAAGAUUUUUAAUUCAUGCCCGUUAUGGCAAACAUUUUUGUUGAAGCAGCAGCCCGUCACUAUCCAGGGCUCUUGCUCUGGUAAAUAGCUACUUUCCCACUGUGAUAAAGAUCUACUACCUGGAUGUAAACCAGCACAGUGGGCGGGUGGCAUCUCGUAAUGCAGGCAAUUCAGCAGUAUUUUGAUCUUAAAAAUUCAGACAAAGUUUGAUGUGGGCUGUAUCAAUUUAAACUGGAAUACAACCACUCAACCAGUCCAAUGCAUAACCAGCACAGGCAUGUGAACGUGAACCUGCAGGGAGGACUGAAGGCUGGUCAUGCUAGCACCGCUAAUGUUAACCAUGCUCAGAAAAAACAAUUCGACAUUAUUUACCUGCUGACGCUUUGAUUCCAUGUUUAGCCGUUUUAAAUAUGUAUAGUGCUUAAUUUUGAAGGUUCUCUGAAAACUAGAUUAGUUAAACUGAAACUUAACUUGAAUUUAAGUUACUGUGAAGAUAUCCGCCUUGGGACAUCCCUAAAUAUGAAUCCUACAGUCAAAACAAACUGAGUGAAACUUUACAGUAACUAUGCUCACAGUUUUUCCAGCCAUUCAGAAAAACUCUUCCAAAUAGCUUUUAAAAAAAGAUUUUAAUAAUCUUAACUUGAUAUCAAUAAUAAUAAUACCCCCUUAAUUUGCAUUUUUGCUAGUUUUGAGUUCAGUCGCGCUGUAUGCUGGCACCAUACUGUAGUUGUUUGCUAACGUCACAAUUUUUUUUUCCUGAAAUGUGUUCUUCUUUGCUGCCCAAAAAACAGUACUUAACAGAGGCAGCAAUGACCUAUACAAUGUAUUUUCUGUGAAGACUACUGUUUUCUAGACGAUACAAGUCCAUAUUUGAAGGUGCUAGUAAAUUAGGAUUUUCAGAUCUUGCAUUCCAAUCUCCCUGAUACCCAUAUCGGCUUUUUAGACUAUUGGAAUCGGUAUUGUCAGGACAUCUGUUCAAGGGACACAAACCUUUCUAUCUCAAAGAUGAAAGUUAUUCAUGAUUUCUUACAUUACUGUAUUAUCAAUUAUACCACUGUAGUAGUAUUGCAGUUCAUUUUUCUAAAAGCAGCUCAUGAAUGUAGGCCGAUUUGUGACAACAAACCAAACCAUGACAAGUACAGGUAAAAUCCAAACUUCGGCAUUGGCAGUAUAAAAUGUUUAUUUGUGUGCCUCAACUGUAUACCUUAAAGCCCUAAAUGUAAAUCAAUCACACCUUUGCAAAAGUAUACCUUACAUGUUUGUGGUUGUGCUAUGGACUCAAGGGGCUAAGGGAAGUAUUGUACUUCAUAUUUGUGGCCCAGAAAAUUCAUUGACUAUUUCAGACAUUCGGGAGGUGCUAGUUUACUUUUUGUUAUAAUUUAAAUGUAUUUUGAUCUGUUUCUCGUGGUGAUUUGUUUCUGAAAUAAAGAGUGUUUACUUUUUUGUCUCUGCA